AUGUACCUGUUCCUGGUGCUCAAUCUCAACACCCUAUGGGUGGCGUUCUCCAUAGCAAUGCAGCAUGGACACUACGAUAUGUGCAAGACGCAGACAAAAUCGGACGAAGGCAUAGUGUGGGAAUAUAUGGCUUGUCAACCAGAACCUAAGGACAUGACACAAUAUCUGAAAGUUAGACUUGAUCCUCCAAACAGUACCUGUGGAGACCCUCCAGAGCCCUUCUGUGCAACGGGCAAUCCUUACAUGUGCAACAAUGAAUGUGAUGUCAGCACAAAAGAGCUCGCCCAUCCUACUGAACUCAUGUUUGAUGCUGAAGGCAGAAAUCCCAGCACUUUUUGGCAGUCUGUGACAUGGAAGAACUAUCCCACCCCCCUACAGAUCAAUAUAACAUUGUCUUGGAACAAGACCAUUGAGCUCACCCAAAACAUAGCAAUUAUCUUUGAGUCUGGAAGACCUGAGAAGAUGAUCUUAGAAAAAUCUCUGGAUUAUGGUGUAACAUGGCAACCCUACCAGUUUUAUGCUGCUGAUUGCCUGGAUGCUUUUAGAAUGGAACCUAAAUCAGUGAAAGACUUGACUGCAAAUACCGUCUUAGACAUUAUAUGCACAGAAGAAUAUUCCACAAGUUAUGCAGCACAUGCUAAAGCAAUGUAUUUUGAAAUAAAAGAUCGGUUUGCAAUAUUUGCUGGACCACGCCUUCAUAAUAUGGCUUCACUCUACAGUCAACUGGACACCACCAAAAACUUGCGGGAUUUCUUCACGGUGACUGAUUUAAGGAUAAGACUUCUUAAGCCGGCUACAGGAGCCACUUUUGUUGAUGAAAGAAAUUUAGGAAGAUACUUCUAUGCUAUAUCAGAUAUCAAGAUAUAUGGCAGGUGUAAAUGUAAUCUACAUGCCAACAGCUGUACCUUCACAAACCACCGUCUAGCCUGUGAUUGUGAACACAACACCACUGGACAGGACUGUGAACGGUGUAAGAAGAACUAUCAAGGACAAGCAUGGAGCCCCGGCUCCUACCUUACAAUUCCCAAGGGUACUGCCAAUAUUUGUGUAUCCAACUUGCCCAGCACCGUUCAGGACAAAAAACGGAAGCAGCCCAUCACUUCAGCGCCUGCAAACUUUGAUAGGAUAAAGACGAAUGCUUCUUUCCUAGAUGUUGCAAACCGAAAGCAAGUUUUUUCCAAAGUAGCCCACUCUACUGUGCCACCAGCUCGAGUAUCGAGUCACAAGAGAGAUUGCUAUUGCUACGGGCACUCCAACCGCUGCACUUACAUCGAGAUUGUAAACACGGCGGUCUGCGUGGGCUGCAGACACAACACUCGUGGUCAGCAUUGUGAGAAGUGCAAGAAAGGCUUCCACAGAAAUGGGUCUGCCAAACUGGAUGAUGUAAAUGUAUGCCUAGCAAAUGUCUGCGACAAUGAGUUGACUCGUUGUCAAAACGGUGGAGUUUGCCACAAUAAUAUGAAGUGCCAAUGUCUUCCUGGCUACACGGGCAUAUGGUGUGAGAAUCAGAAGUGUGAGGACACCGGAGGAUGUUCUUCUUCUAAAUCUGGACAAGAAUCUAUAACCCAUAACUUGUAUCUGACCACUAUGAUCAUUGUAGCUUGGCUCUGCACUUUGUAA